CUUUCAGCUGAUCAGGAAGUUGCUGCUGUCUGUCAGUCAGUCAGUCAGUCCGCGCGCUGCUGCUGUUAUCAUUACAUGACAAUUAUAAUAAAUGUAACACAAGUUACAAACCAAAACAUCGCGCUGAAUAGAGACGCGCGUUAUUCCGUAUUAUGUUAUGACAUAAAUACGCUGCAUUCUCACGUAGAUACAGCACUUUUAUUUAUACAGCAUGGUAAUUUGCUGUAUCAUCAGUCUCGGACUUUAAACUGAUGAAAAUGGAUACUUAAUAAGGCGAGGCAAGAAGGAACAGAAACAUGUCGAGCCGAAGCGGUAAGAAAAAGUCCACAAAGACAUCCCGCUCGAGUAAAGCUGGAGUGAUCUUUCCUGUGGGCCGGAUGCUGCGGUACAUUAAGAAAGGACUUCCCAAAUACAGAAUCGGUGUUGGAGCUCCAGUCUACAUGGCUGCAGUACUAGAAUACUUGACUGCUGAAAUUCUGGAACUGGCAGGAAAUGCAGCCAGAGAUAACAAGAAGGGCCGCGUCACACCUCGACACAUUUUACUAGCCAUCGGUAAUGACGAGGAACUCAAUCAAUUGCUGAGGGGCGUCACCAUCGCUGCUGGUGGAGUUUUGCCCAACAUCCACCCAGAACUGCUGGCAAAGAAGACAGGCUCUAAAGCAAAGCUGGAAAAUAUCAUCACACCCCCACCAGCAAAGAGGUCCAAGACCAUCAAAAAAACACUUGUCAAGAGACUCGGCACCAAAAGUUCACCCAGAGUGAAGAAGCGAGGUGAGAUGAGUAAAGCCGUCAGUGCAGACAGCACCACAGUGAGCAGCGUGGCCGAUGGCUUCACUGUGCUUUCGUCAAAGACACUGUUUCUCGGCCAGAAGUUGCAAGUCAUUCAAGCUGAUCUUGCCACCAUGGAAAGUGAAGCUGUUGUUCACCCGACUAACUCCAUCUUCCACAUGGGUGGUGAAGUAGGCAGUGCUUUGGAGAAGAAAGGAGGGAAGGAGUUUGGAAAUGCAGUACAGGAACUGCGCAAGAAGCAUGUUCCUUUAGAGGUGGCUGGAGCGGCCAUCACGUCAGGAUAUGGUCUUCCUGCAAAGUUUGUCAUCCAUUGUAACAGUCCGGGCUGGGGUUCAGAUAAGUGUGAGGAGAUGCUGGAAAAGACAGUGAGGAACUGUCUCGCUCUAGCAGACGAAAAGAAGCUAAAAUCUGUGGCAUUCCCGUCGAUUGGCAGUGGCAGAAAUGGUUUUCCAAAGCAGACGGCAGCUCAGCUCAUUCUGAAGGCCAUCUCCAGCUACUUUGUGACAACAAUGUCAUCAUCUAUCAAGACAGUGUACUUUGUCCUGUUUGACAGUGAGAGUAUAGGGAUAUAUGUGCAGGAGAUGGCAAAACUUGAUGCCAAUUAAAGUUGCAAUUAUUCUCUGUAUAUUUAAAAAUAAAUAGUUAAAAAUAAGGUUAAAAGAAAUAAUUUGUUUAAAUAUACUAUGCAGAGGUGAUCAAUUCUUCAGUGGAUAAAAAUAUUUUUGUUGAUACUUUAUCAGAACAGCAAUAUAAUAGUUUUCUGUACUAAAUGAGUGAAUUGUUGUAUGUCAUUCUAUUAUUUUCUUUAUAAAAAUGGGCUGUUCUAUUUCAGCGCUGUGCUUGUUUGGGAAAUAUAUUGUAGAUUUGGAGAGUAACUUGUUUAAUGUAAUAUAUUUUGCACAGUUGUCAGUAGAUGGCACCUUGCGUCCAUCAUGAUAUUCAGAGGUGGCCCAUCUCCUUAUUCAGACAAAUAACUAAUGUAAAAACAUUCUGUUUUAAUGUCCUUCCUGCUGUAAAAUAGGCAGUCACCACAGACUGCAUGCUUCCAGUGAGCAGGUAUGCACUAGGGGUGUGAAUCUGCAGAGCCCUGACAGUACAGUAUUGUAUAGAUAUCUGUUGCUAUAUGAAAAGAUUGUGAUUCUUUACGUGACGUGUGUAGUGAUUCAAAAAAUUUUAAAUCUUUUACUAAAUUGUUUCUUAUUCAUAAUCUUGAUUGGAUUUGGAUUUUUUUGUUGACAAUGCUGCAGUAUGUUUUGUGUUCACGUACACUUGAUUUGAUAUAGGCUGGUCCAGCUAAUGUACAAGCACAUUCUCGAGUUAACUGACAGGCAAUGUCUGUAUCUAAAUGGAAGAUCUCUGCAGCUUCGAUUCCUUCUGCAGCCAACCACUCCAUCCCACUUCUGCUGAUGUCUGUCUGAGCAUGAGUUUCCUCACUGGCUAGAGCACAAAUAUAGCAGGUGAUGGAUGUUAGAUUAAUGGCAUGAUACAGUAAAGAUCAAAUUAAUCCAGUCAGCAGAAUCACAAAAUAAAUGCAGUCAAAAUGAGAACCUG